CCUGGUAGCUACAAUGUGCGCUCUGGCUUCAGUGGUUGUUUGAUAUAAACUGCACGUGUACUCAUCAUCUCUUAUAAGUGAGGUGUUUUUAGGGAUCUGAUUGAGCACUAGACGUGAUGGAAAAGAGAGUGGUUUUGUUGGUGCUUGUUGUUUCUGUCAGUCUAACUGAAGGAUGGAGGCGAGUUACAACGGGAUGCAUAUCUACAACCAGUCCACUGUGUUACAAAAAUUCAACUGGAAAAGAAGAGGACUUUUAUUGUACAUGGGCGGAGAGUAACCCUAAGCAGAAACCAACAUACAUGCUUCAUAUAUGGGACAGUGAAAGGAAAAGUGUUAUCAUGCGUGUGAACACUGGAAGGCAGGCACAGAAAUACCUUCUUUUGGAGGAUCUAGGAACCACCUCCAGAAAGAUGGAGAUAUGGGUACAGCGCCAAGUGGGCAACCUCACCUGUAAUUCUAACAAAAUCUCAGUCGUCCUUGAAUGCGUAGUCAAAUAUAGUGCACCUCAGAUUACCGGUAUGAAAAGGUCUGCUAAAAAACGCACACUGAAUCUCACACUGGACAAACCGAAGGAUAACAAAAGUGCUAUAUACGAGAUCAGAUGGAGGGAGAGAGACUCUGAAUGGCAGAUGGAUACAUUUGAAACUGAGGACAACACUAUCCAAGAUUUGUACACGCUACUGCUACAGAACCAGGUCGUUUAUCAGGUCCAACUAAGGCGACAGGCCAGAUUGCUGUUACAUCCAUGUAAUGACACAAUACAUGCCCUAUGGAGUGAUUGGAGCCCCAUGGUGGAUGUUCCCCUAGAAAUUAGCCGCAAACCAGUAAUACGCUGGGUAGAAAAACAGAGAGAUGUAAGCAGGGAUGUUAAUCUCACAUGGGAUGCCCCACCUGCUGAACAGUCUGUCGGGGGGGUGACGUACAAACUGAAUUUCUCUGUCUGGCCUUGUGAAAAACACAAUGAAUUUAAAUCCAUAACAGUGAAUCGAACCUUUCAAACCUCAAUAACAAUGUCUGAGGCCAGAGUGUCCAUCAUUGCAAUUAACAAAGUUGGAAUUUCACCUGUUCACCAGAUCAUCAUUCCUGCUGUGAAACAUUUGAACGCCUGCUCCAAUCUUCCGAGAACAAAUAUAACCAAGAAAACCUGUUUAGAAUGGUACAAGCUGGAAGACGGUGACACCCGACCAACGACUGUACACAACUCAAGCCAUAAAUUGUUCAAGGACAUUGAAAAUAGUACAGAUGUGGAGAAGUUUGUACGUCAUUAUUACUUCCUUCACACGAUGAACAAGAAACAUCAUCAAACUCAUGCCAUGUGUCCUUUUUACUCAGAAGAGGGAGUGCCCACAAAAGGUCCGGACAAAGUGAGUUUUUUCAAUGUCACACAUGAGUCAGCUUUGGUGCGUUGGCAUUCCAUUCCUGUGGUGGCGCAGCGAGGAUUUCUACAACAAUAUAUAAUUUGGAUAUCUGAACAGGGAAGCACAACACACCAUCAAGUGCUGGCAAAUGAAACAAGCUUCUUGAUCAAGAACCUCCUACCGGCAACAUCUUACACCGUUUCCAUUGCUGGAAGAACAAAAGCUGGAGCAGGACCGAACUCUACUGUGAACUUUGAAACACAAAGUUCAAAAGGCAUGGCCUUAUCAUGGCAGGACCAGACGAUCAUCAUUGUCUGUGUGGUUGCACUCUUGUGUACAAUAAUCUGCUCUAUAGCUGCCAGAAGAUUUAGGAGUAAGUUGUUACCUGUGGUACCCAGCCCUGUGAUUCCUGCAACAGCAUUCAGCUCUCCUCAUGAUCAGGACUUAAGCAGUGUCAGAGAAGAGGUGCAUGACAUUAUUCUCCUGCAGGUUCAAGAUCUGAUCAAACCCAGACAGAAAAUGCCCAAUGAACAGAGCACUUUACUGCAAGAAUUUGUCUUUGAGGAAGAGGAAGAGGGGGAUGGGGAGGAAGGAGUUACUGAUCUAAGCUCCAUUAAAUCCUGUUGCUAUCCGAAUCCUAGUUACAGAGGACAGAUGCUACAGCUGCCAGAGCCUAUCCACAUGACAAAUAACACUUAUAAGGACAAUGACACUGAGUCCACUUACAGAACUGGCAUUUUCUUUGAAACAAGAGUCCUGGAGUGUGACCAAACAUCAUUAUAGUCAUGACAGGGCCUGCCAUCCCAUCUUGUUCAUGACGAGUUCUGACAAAUAAACAACCAUGAGCAAACCUCAUCUAUCUGCUACACAUAUUUUGUU